GAAAAUAAAAAUUAGGCUUGGGAAAGGAAAAAGUGAAGUAUUAGGUAUUGGUUUCAAAUUUAAUAUCUUAGUAAUUUUAGUUUUUACUUCUCUGGAUUUAGUAUGUGUAUUCUGUUAUAAUUAGCACAUGUUAAACAAUGGGUUUAACAUGAAUUGUGCUUAUAGAUAGCAUUUUUAAAUUUUUUGGUUCUUUUGGUCAUUCUCAAUUUGUUCUUAAAAUCUGUAAGCUGUAUUCUUCCACUUCAUCCUUCUCUUUUUGGGAAUUAAAUUGGAUUCAUUAAUUGUUUUGCAUCCUAAUACUGCAAAGUACUUAGGAAUUUCUUGUGAAGACUCUACUGUGGCUACACAGGUGUUCUGUGCCAAAUUUCCACUGUACUUGUGUUCCAGGAAAUAUUUCUAGGAAAAAAAAUUAGGAGUAAAGUGAAUGUGGCUCAAUUUUUUCCUGGUCUAAGGUACUGGUUGCCACUCUAAAGUGCUGUCCAGGACCACAGUCAGGAUCCUAAGGCUGGCCUGAGUUAUUGUUGACACUUUUUAGUAAUGCAUGUUCAGCUUUGGGAUCAAGAAGCCAAAGUGAACUCAGGGUCAUUACUGCACUUUAUUCUCAGCCAUUCCAUGGAUUUUGAACCAUCACUUCUGGAUUUGAGAGCAGAAUUAACAUUGCUGUCUGGAAAAAGUGCUGAAUUUACUGUAGUGGGGUAAGGCUUAUGAAUCACUGGGAUAUGUAGCCACAGUCUGCAAGUCAUCCAUCAGCAAUUUAGUGUAAUAAAUCAGUUACAUUCAGUUGAUAAAUUCUAUUGCCAGCUUUUCCCAAAGUUAUUUGGGCACCUCUCCUGCAGCUCUGGAGAGGUCUGUGUAUGAACUGGACAAAUGGUGGUUAGGAGCUCCCAGACUUUGCCCCCACAGCCCCGAUGUGGUUUCAGCUCCCAUACAGUUUUGCUCAGAUUAGUCACAAUGAAGUUGGGCUCUGAGGUGCACUCUGUUUUCUCCAGGGCUUGAUGGGCCUUUGCCUGAUAACAUUCUCAAGGAUUUGGCAGUGAGUGAUUAGUAAAAAAUGAGUAUAUGGCACUAUUGAGUUUUUCAGCUCCAUAAUUGUAAGAAUUACAAUUUGUCAAAUCUCUGACUUGUGAGCCUGUGAUAGCAGACCUGAGUGCAGAGAUGAGCUUGUCAAACAGCCUUGUACAGUAGGGUAGAUUUAAAGAAAAGGAAACGUGUCAGGGAUCUCCAGAUAACAUAACUUAGUUUGAAGUGUGCCUCCAGAUAACAUGAAGGGCAAGGCUACCUUCAAAGCUAGAUCAGUUGCUCAGGGCUUUGUCUGAUCAGAUUUUGAAAACCGCCAGGAAUAGAGAUUUCUGUCUUUCUAGACAACCUAUUUCAGGACCUGAGCACUCUACACUGAAUUUUUUCUCUUCUCUAUCCACUCAUGAUUUCUCCUGCCCCAAUCUGACCACUGCUUCUUGCCCUUGCACUAUUGCCUCUAAGUGUCUUUAUCUUACAUGUAAUUACCCUUUAAAUGUUUGAUUACUACUACUAAAUGUUUGAUUACUAGUUGGAUUCUUUUCCCAAACCUUCUCUUCUUGAGGCUAAACACACUCAGACCCUCAGCCUCUCCUCACAUGCCAUGUGGUGCAGACACUUCACUAUUUAGUGACCCUUCCCUGAGCUCUCUGCAGGUUACCAGUGUCACCUCGGUGACAAAAAGCCCAGGGUGGGACACAGUGUCCCACAAGGACAAGCAGGGCUCCCUGUCCUACCUGCUGCCUGUGCUCUGCCAGUGCAGACAUUGCUGCUGCAGUGUUAGUGCUUGCUGUUAGCACAGGGUACAAAAGGAUGUCCUCAAAUGAUCUGUGUCCUGAAAUCCAUGUGUUUUCCUCUGCAAAGCAGGAAAUCAGGACAAUUGUAUAAUGCAGAAGUUUGUGGAGAAGUUUGUUCUUUGAUAUUAGCUUUUUUCCAAGUUCAGUGUCUGGGAAAACACAGAGCUACUGCAAGGACACUUGAGCCUCAUGAGUGCCUGGAUGCUGUACCAUUUCUGAUCUCCUAUUCAAACACAAUAUGCCAGGCUGUGGCAAAAAGCAUCCUGAGACUGGGAGAGACAACAUUUCUGUUACUGGUGGGGACUCCAGUGCCUAUUUGGCAAAACAGCAACCAGCAUGGAACAGGGACUAAGCAGUGACCUUGAAACCUGGCCCUGCACUGCACUAUUUUCAAGCAGUUUGGGACUUCAAAUCUGCCACUACAAUCUGGGAGGUGACCCCAGCCAUGUAGGAAUUUCUUGGCCAUUUGUUAUGGAUGCACAAGUAUUAGUAGCAGGCUUCCCUUGUGCAGCUGUAGGGAGUUACCUUUACUGCUCUGACAGUGAAGGUGUCCCUUCCUGUGUCCAAAAUGUUGAAGAAGUUUGUCUUGAUGGAUGUUAUUUAACAGUGAUUUGCUCAUAAAGGUCACCUCAGCUCUAACAUGGUCUGAGGCCGUGGUGGAUUCACUGAAGCAUCUGACUGUGGUGAAAAGUCUUACAUGGUAAAAUGAGUCUCCUUUCUCUUACUGCCAGUUGUUCUGGACCCUUAAGGAAUCAUUAACAAGUAGUAAAAUAAUAGCCAUUCUAAAUGACUUGGGUGUCCUGUGAUUGUACAACAAUGAUUAUUAAUCUCUACCCCUUGUGAUCUCCUUGGAGAAAGUACAAUUUAAGUACUAUUUCAGUCAAGUGAGGUCAUGUCUAAUGUAUGAACAUGUAAAAGUAGCUUUUUAUGUGUUUCCUAAUUUGGAUACUCAGCUUUCUUAUAGAAACUCCUAUUACUGACAGAUAGGAAAUCUCUCAGAAUUUUUGAAAGUGUCAAUUUCAGGAUGUAGAAAAAAACCCUAAAAAGUUACAAAUAUACAAUUUUUCAGCAAACACAUGUGCUAUUCUUCUGACAACUGAAAGGGCCUCACUGGUAUUGUCAUCAAUUUUUUUUUUUUUAAUUAAUGUGUGAUUUGUUUGCUCUCUAAAGUAUUACCAUCAAAUUUUAUCUGUGAGCACAAAUGGAAGCUCAAACUCUUAACUGUCCCUCUGGGCUACACCCAGAGUGUUCUGGAAUGUGCAUCUCCCAUUCUAUCUGUGAUCUUUGCAUGAUGUUCCCUAAACAUUUACUCUUCUUUUGCAUGAGCUUAAGGGAGGACCACCGACAUUUGAGGAGUUAGAAGAGAUUUUUGCUCUUGUGGGAUAGAUCUGUCAGAGCAGAUGUGAGCUUGUAUUCCAGUGGGAUGUAUUCCCUCUGCGUGUCAUCUGUCUGGGUGGUGUUGGAAGCUGCAUUCUUGCCUGGGGUGACUUCAGUCCUCCCCUGAUCUGCACAGACUGACACAGAAAUGGAAUUCACGAAAACUAAACUUUUGGUUAGCUGUAAGGAGCUGGAGGAAUAUGCGUCAGUCUCUGUAAAGAAGUGCCAUCUGCAGCCUAUCUUAGGCAAACUGUUUCCUGAUAAUUAAGACAUCUGCUCGUGGAUGUUAAAACCCUGAGCACCUUUGGCAGGGACACUGAACUGUGAAAUCUGCAGCACCUGUAACAGAGGAGGACUCUCUGGGAAAGAGUUGUCCAAGGAAAAGCAGCAGUUUCAACUUGUGUCCCACUGGAGACAAGUGAAUCUGAAGUUAUAUAUUAUAUACGACAUAGGUGAUGACAGCAGUUUAUCAUUAACCUGAACUCUGCAAGAAGCACAUAAGGAGAGAAAGAAGAAGAAAGCCAGAGAAGCAGCCAGGAUGGAGCCCAUCAUAAGGAUCAACAAUGCUGCAGACAUCUCUGUUAUUGUUGCCUACUUUUUGGUAGUUCUGGCAGUGGGACUAUGGGCUAUGUACUCCACCAACCGAGGCACGGUGGGUGGAUUUUUCCUGGCUGGACGGAGCAUGGUGUGGUGGCCGAUCGGUGCUUCUCUGUUUGCCAGCAACAUUGGCAGUGGGCACUUUGUGGGAAUAGCAGGAACAGCAGCAGCUGGAGGAAUUGCCAUCGGAGGAUACGAGUGGAAUGCUCUGAUAUUUGUGGUGGUUCUAGGAUGGAUCUUUGUACCCAUCUACAUCAAAGCUGGGGUGGUGACAAUGCCAGAAUAUCUGAGGAAGCGUUUUGGUGGGAAACGGAUCCAGGUCUAUCUGUCAGUCCUUUCCUUGAUCAUAUAUGUUUUCACAAAGAUCUCAGCUGACAUCUUCUCUGGAGCUGUAUUUAUCCAGCUGGCCAUAGGGCUGAAUCUUUAUUUGGCCAUAAUUAUCCUGCUUUCUAUUACUGCUCUUUACACCAUCACAGGUGGCCUUGCAGCUGUGAUUUACACAGAUACCUUACAAACAUUCAUCAUGGUAUUGGGAUCCUUUAUUCUCAUGGGAUUUGCAUUUGCUGAAGUAGGAGGGUAUGAGGCUUUCAUGCAGAAGUACAUGGCAGCGAUUCCAUCCAACGUCUCCUACGGGGACACGGAGGUGGAUCCCGCGUGCUACACUCCUCGCAGGGACGCCUUCCACAUCUUCCGAGACGCCAGCAGUGGGGACCUGCCCUGGCCAGGCCUCGUCUUCGGCCUCAGCAUCCUUGCCAUGUGGUACUGGUGCACAGAUCAGGUUAUUGUGCAAAGAUGUCUCUCUGGCAAGAACAUGUCCCAUGUGAAGGCUGGCUGUAUCAUGUGUGGGUACCUCAAACUCUUGCCCAUGUUUAUCAUAGUGAUGCCUGGAAUGAUCAGCCGGAUUUUGUACACAGAUGUGGUGGCUUGUGUUGUGCCUGAAGUCUGUCAGCGCUACUGUGGCACCGCAGUGGGCUGUACAAACAUUGCUUAUCCAAAAAUGGUAGUGGAGCUUAUGCCAAAUGGUCUGCGGGGUCUGAUGCUGUCAGUCAUGCUGGCCUCCCUUAUGAGCUCCCUGACAUCCAUUUUUAACAGUGCCAGUACUUUGUUCACGAUGGACAUUUACACCAAAAUUCGGAAGCGGCCGUCUGAGAAGGAGCUGAUGCUGGCUGGCAGGGCAUUUAUGUUACUCUUAAUUGGCAUCAGCAUUGCCUGGGUUCCCGUGGUGCAGUCAGCUCAGAGUGGGCAGCUCUUUGAUUAUAUUCAGUCUGUUACCAGCUACCUGGGACCUCCCAUUGCUGCUGUUUUCCUGCUUGGUAUCUUCUGCAAGCGUGUCAAUGAGCAGGGUGCCUUCUGGGGCCUGAUCAUUGGGCUGCUGGCUGGACUCAGCAGGAUGAUUGCAGAGUUUGCCUAUGGAACUGGCAGCUGUGUGGCCCCUUCCAACUGCCCCUUCAUCAUCUGUGGCAUUCACUACCUUUACUUUGCACUGAUCCUCUUUGGGGUUUCUGCCAUCAUCAUCCUGGCAGUCUCCUUCAUGACCAAGCCCAUUCCUGAUGUACAUCUUUACCGCUUGUGCUGGUCCUUGCGGCACAGCAAAGAAGAACGGAUUGAUCUUGAUGCAGAUGAGGAGCAGGACAGAGCUGAUGAAAAAGAUAAUGAAUCAGUUAAUGAAGAAAACCAGGAGGACCCAGGAUGCUGUAGGAAAGCUUACAACUGGUUCUGUGGCUUGGACCAACAGAAGGGCCCCAAACUGAGCAAGGAGGAAGAAGAAGCACUGAAGAAGAAACUGACAGACACCAGUGAAGUGCCACUGUGGAGAAACGUUGUGAAUAUCAAUGGCAUCAUCCUCUUGACUGUGGCUGUGUUUUGCCAUGCCUACUUUGCAUAACCCCCUGAUCACAGUCCUGGAAUUGUACUGCAUUGUUCAAGCAAAAAUGAUGGUUUGUAGAUUUACACAAUUAGAUACACAUUGUAUUUUCAUCAUCCACAUUUGUAAAACGUCAGAGUGAUUUACUCACUGAUUUUGUGAUCAUAAUUUCAACAAUUUAAAGAUGAAGGCCACUGGGAUUUCAAGAGAAUUUCUCUUUAGACAUUGAACCAAUCUGGGGCUAACUGAGGUUCAGAAUUUCCAUCCAAUAGUCUCUCUGCUCAUAAUACAUUUCAUAUUUUAGGUUCAGAACAAGGCUGCAUGAGCCAUAUUUCGUAUCAGGUUUUGUGAACUAUCUUUUAGGGUUCACGAUACUAUUUUGAUUUUCACCCCUUCCUCUGAUAUUCAAUUUUCCUUUUCCUUUGGCUAUGAUAACAGGAUUGCAAAAAACUCACAACCACUGAGGGACUGUGUUACAAACUCAAAUUAAAACAUUGCUAUUGUCCCUCCAAACAUGGGAUAUCUUAAGUAAAGGAUUUAUUCAUAAAUCAAUGUAUUUGAUACUACAUAUAACUUUCCAUUAUCAGUUUUCCCCCCUUUUUCUCACUUUCCACUGGGUUGUGUUUCUCAGUUUUCAGUGGAACACUAACCUCUGAAUUGAUCACAUUUUGAAACUGAGAAACACCCAUCUUGAUCCUAAGAAGAAUUUUGCUUACAGCAGAUUAUCUGUUUAAGGUUAACUUCCAAAGGUCCUCCUCUCUUGAUAUUUUAAUAUAUCCCCUUACUUGAAUGUGAAUCUUUUUAUACAAAACACAUGUAUUAUAUAUACACAAGCAAUACAUUAUGUAUAUGCACUAUGUAUAUUAUAUAUAUUUAAAAUAUGUAUUUAUGUGUGUGUAUAUAUAUUUAUUUCUUACUGAUCAAUUCCCACCCUGGUGUGUCAAAGACCUCUUUACUGUGGGCUUGGAGUCAAUGCACUGCCUCUGUCUCUGGACUGUGCUGCAAACCAGCCCAUGGUGAAACAUCCACAGUACUGGAAUGCUGGGCUGCAUUUUGCAGAUACUCUGUACUGCUUUUCUGCAAAGCUAUAAAUCUUUCCUCUGAAGAUUUCAUUGAGAAAUAGGAUUCCUGCUGCAUGGCAGCAUGAGUUAGCAGUUCAGGAAGGAGAAUAGUCACAGCUGUGGGAUAUCAGCUAAACCAGGCUCAUUGUCUCCACUUGAUAAGUUUGGUACCAGCUGGGGACACAGGAAAAGACAGAUUUAACACUUCAAAGCAAAAAAGCAAAAAGCAAUAGAUCUUCUUUUCAUCUCAUUCAGCUUCCUGGGGAAUCAAGUGUAGAAAGAAGAUGCUGGUUGCUCAGUCAGGCAGUGCCACAAUUCCCUGUUCCUUUUUGCACACGUUGGUGGGACUGCACUGUCCCUGAGCAUUCCCGAGGCUCUGCCACAGGAUGCUCCGGGCUGGCAGCAAGUGCAGCUGAAGGGGGAGGCAGAGCAACCCCUGCCCGUGCCACAGCACCCUGCUCUGCCUCCUGGGCUUCCAGCACUCCCACUUCUUACUCUCCUGGCAGGAUCUUUGCUUCAUUUAGCUCUAACCCCAAAUGCUCUGGAUUCCAGCAGUUGCUGCUCUUCAGUAGAAUUGAUGUUCUUCAGCACAAUCCCUGUAGGGUCCUUUGCACAGGCCAGAUUAAAUCAAUAUUUCAGAAAUACCAGUGCAAACCUUAACACAGUGAUAGAGUAUUUUAAAGACCUUGGAAUUAAUUGUAUUUUAUGAACAAUGAAGACUUGUAUGUAUUAAAGAAAUUGUAUGUUUUGAAGUAUUUGGUGUACACAAAGUGAUGGGAUUUUUAUAUAAUAUGAUGGAAGACAGAGAAACUUCAUUUGGUGUCUAGGUUUUGGCUCUGGGUAAUAGUAGUGAAUGAAAAACAAACAAGUAAGAUGUCACUGAGGAUUGCUCAGAUCCCUCUUUGUCAUUCUUUGCUACAAAAAUAUGGUGAAACUAUAAAGCUAUUUGGAUAAAGGCAAAUAACACAAGUGAUUUCCUGGCAGUCUGAGCAGCCUUUGGAUGACCUCCUGGUUAAUCAGGCAUCAUUGCAUGAUUUUGGUCCUCAGCAAUCUUAAUUCAUUCUGGUCUGGAGGUGGAUGUUGUGGAGGGAGGGGCUCAAAUGUUUAUAUAAAGUUUGACAGCUACCGUUGACUCCUGUAAUUUUGUAGAUUUUUAAAGAAAAACUGCCUUAUAUUGUGAACAGUUGAUAAAAUUGUAAUGUUUAGCUAACAUUAAAUGCCAACUCAGGUUGGUAGCUAUUACAUUCAUGAUUUUAAGGAAGAAAAUGACUUUCCUUCAGUUUUCAGGGGAGCUCUGUACAUGAGCUGUUGUUGGGAACACUCAGCUAAAAGCAGAACCUUACGCUGAUCUGGGCAUUGUCAUGCUUUAGAAGUGGGAACUGUGAGCACUCCCUUUUCCCCAGUGUUUGACUAUACAUUUGAAAUACUUCUGGUUAGUGAUGAGACUCCAAAUAAAUCUCUGGCUCACAGCACAAAGUACCUGCAUGGCAUGUGCAGCUGUUUCAGGGGAUCUUGAGACAUCCCAGCUUACCCUGUCAGGUAAGAUACAUGGUUAAAGCUUAUUUUAGUGGAAUUUAGUUAUAUAUACAGAAUUAUUUCAAUAAAAUAUAAUAUGCACUUAGUAGCACUGUCAGCAAAUUGUGACACUGCUCAGUAAAGAACACACACUAAACAAAAUUUUCCAUUUAAGAAAUACUACAUAGUUCUUAAGAAAAAUCCUGAAAAAGGGUAAUCACUGUUCAAUUGGUCUGUAUCACCCACAAAAAUGUAUCCAACUAUCUCACAAAUGUAUUGAUGAUGAUGAGAACACCCUAUUCUUAGCAAUCAGGAUUUGGGUUUAUUCAUAUUCCAUUACUGAAAAACCUCAUGCACUGAAACUCGAGGGGAGGGAAGGUCUGGGGCUUUGUUUGGAAUUAAUCUGCAGUACCCAUGGGUUGGUUUCAAGCAGACUGUCUGGCCAUGGUGAGUUAGGCCAUGGCACAAGGCUGAGCUCCUCAGGUGCAGGUGAUUGUGGUGAUUGUGGUGAUUGUGCAGAUUGUGCAGCCCAGCAGCCGCUGGGAUUGCCAGGGAGCUCAGCUCUCUGACCUUCCUUAAUCGGCAAAACCAGGAGGGCUCCUAUAAAGUAAAAGCCAACACAAAAACGAGGAGCCAAGCGAAACAAUAAAUCCAUGUAUUGCCAGUCACUGUAUUUGAAGGGCACUUGAAAUCAUUGGAUUGAAGUGUGGAGCCAGAGGACUUUAGAGCUGACAUUUCUGGGGACAGCCAACACAGAAAAGGGUUGGGCACAGGCUGUGGGGUGACAGCAAAGCUGCUCUUAGGAAAGCUGCUGGGUGCUUUAAUUUGCUUAGUGGGCUCAUGUGCCAGCUGCAGGUGUCUGUGCCCUGCAAUGUUCUCUGGGGAGCAGAGAACCCCCAGAGAGGGAAGGGAGCAGCAAUCAGAGACCUUCCCUUGUGCUGAGCUGAAAACCUGUAGUCCCAGAUUUAAUAACAGCAGGCAAUACACUGCUGAAAGAGAUGGGAAAUGCAAAAACACCUGGCUUUAUUUGGUGAUUCCUGGCAUUUUCGUAUGGAGUGUGUAUUGUAGGCCUGUGCUAGAGACCUAAAGAACAGACAAAACUUCACUCACUCCAGUUUCUACUGGUUGUUCUAAUGCAAGACAGCAUAAGCAGUGCCUGUAGUUAUCAUCCUUAUUACUAAUAAAAGAGUUUACCUUU